CGCCGCGGGUUUGACGUGUGCGAGUGCACAUGGUGCGGGGCGGCGGGCGGAUAAUAAGCGAGUGGGGCCGCGGCGAUGCCAUUGCUCUGAGUCACCGCGGCCGCGCACAGCUCCCGCUCCGCCUUUUUUUGUCCCCCGUUCCCCCGCUGUCCGCGGCCAGCGCUGAGAGGCGAAAGGCAAGAGCCGCCGAAGAGGUCGGGAGGGAGAAGGGGGCGGGGAGACGGCGAGGGAGCGGCGGGUGUCGGUGCGGGAAGGCGGGGACGCGGCUCCCCCGGCCCGACCUCGGACCAUGUACCAGGACUACCCCGGGAACUUCGACACCUCCUCCAGAGGCAGCAGCGGCUCCCCGGGACACCCCGAGACCUACUCGAGCAGCGCAGCCCAGCAGAAAUUCCGAGUAGAUAUGCCAGGAUCAGGCAGCGCUUUUAUCCCUACGAUCAACGCCAUCACAACCAGCCAAGACCUGCAGUGGAUGGUCCAGCCCACCGUCAUCACCUCCAUGUCAAGCCCUUACUCCCGUUCGCACCCUUACAGCCACCCACUGCCCCCGCUGUCUUCAGUGGCCGGACACACAGCCCUACAGCGACCUGGUGUCAUCAAAACCAUUGGGACCACAGUGGGCCGGAGACGGAGAGAUGAGCAGCUGUCGCCUGAGGAAGAAGAGAAGCGAAGGAUCCGGAGAGAGAGGAACAAGCUGGCAGCUGCUAAGUGUCGUAACAGGCGUCGAGAGCUAACAGAGAAACUCCAGGCGGAAACUGAAGUGCUGGAGGAGGAAAAGUCAGUGCUGCAAAAGGAGAUUGCUGAGCUCCAGAAGGAGAAAGAGAAGCUGGAGUUUAUGCUGGUGGCUCACAGCCCUGUGUGCAAAAUCAGCCCUGAGGAGCGUCGGAGCCCUCCAUCCAGCAGCCUCCAGAGUGUUCGGACUGGAGCUAGCGGAGCGGUGGUGGUGAAGCAGGAGCCUGUGGAGGAAGAGAUCCCUUCCUCCUCUUUGGUCCUUGACAAAGCCCAGAGGUCUGUCAUUAAGCCCAUCAGCAUUGCUGGAGGUUUUUAUGGGGAGGAGGCACUCAACACUCCCAUCGUGGUGACCUCAACACCAGCCAUCACUCCUGGUUCCUCCAACUUGGUGUUCACUUACCCCAAUGUGUUGGAUCAGGAGUCUCCUCUCUCGCCGUCCGAGUCCUGCUCCAAAGCUCACCGGAGGAGCAGCAGCAGCGGUGACCAGUCCUCGGAUUCCUUGAACUCUCCCACCUUGCUGGCAUUGUAAUCCCCUGCGGCCCCCCAUUUUGCCAGUGUGUUACAUCCCCCCCAGCACCAUGGGGGGAGCCCCCCUCUGUGGGAUUAGAGACAGGCACAGGAUCGUUCAAGCACAAGGGCAGCAAGAGCAAGGAUGGGGAAGUGCUGCAGCUCCAGGAAGGAGAGUGAGGACCAACGCCAGCUCCCUGGAGGCAGAAAAUGGCAAGGGUGGGACUGACGCACCAGGACUGUUUGGAGAGGGUGACGUCCCCUCUGUAGGGACUGCCUAUGGAAACCUGUUUAUGGCCGUGGUGGACUUGGGGAGCCCUCCUGGCCGGGACUGAAGGCGAGCUGCAGAAAUUGCUAGUUGUCCCUUUGUGAAUGGAUCUGAUUGGUUGUGCUCUGUGCUUAGAUCAUUCUGGUUAGCUGAUCUUACAACUUCUCUCUUUCAGUCUCUCCCUCUCUCUCUCUCUGUGCUUAUCAUUUCCAAUGUUGUCAAUCCCAUGACAUUUCAUCCAGUGGCUUUGAACUCUAAAGGCUUGUUAGGAUCAUUCCCCUCAGGACAGGCUGUGGGGAAGCACAUAGGGUUGCCCAGGCAGGGGGGAUGGCUAGGAGGUCCAGGAAUGAGAGAGGAUGGGGGACACGAGGAGCCUGAGGGCUCAGCAGCAAGGGCAGAGCUCAGAUCUCUGGCUUGGGGCACAGAGACAGCGGCAGCCUCAUGCAGAAGCCUUUCUUCUUAAAGUAGAUGUAUUUAUCCCCUUGGGCUCCUCAAAACACAAGUUAGCAUCUCAGGGCCAAAGUAGCACCAGAAAAGCUGCUGGGCGGGUACUUACCAGUGUCUUUGGCAGGGUUUUACCCUAGUUUGGUGGAUAUCAAAUCUGCUGCUUGUUGUUUACUUUUCCUGGGCUGCUUGCUGUCUGGGAGGGAGUAUUGCAUCUUCCUCCCCAUCCGGGCUCUUGACUCAGGCUGAUCUCUUCCUGUUAGUAAAUCCUCCCCUUGGCCAUAUUAGUAAAGCAUGCUACCAAAAAAGAGGUGGCACCAUGUGCCUAUAAAUCUAGGAUGGAGACUGGCAGUGGAUACGAUGGUGAAACUACCUGUCUGUACCCUUGCUGAACUUUUCAUUGUUGGGAAACAAAGCAGUGCACAUCCACCGGUUGAUAUUAGUGGGUGUUGUUUGUUCAGAGAUUCCCAGUUUCUGAGGCUGGGGGAAGGCAGUGGUCCAACCUCCAGCACAGCACAGGCUACAAGGUGCUCCUGACCAGGCAGGAAUGGCAUGGUUGAAGUGGUGACCUAUUUGAACUAGAACAGAGCUUCCAACGACCUCUGGUUAUGAAUGACAAAUGACAGCAGAGGAAAACAGGUUACUAUUAUUUGCACCUUGAUCAUUGGCCUCUGGGUUUUUACAUUGUAAAGCAUUGAUCUGGUUUUGUUGGGGCUGAUUGGCCUGAAGACACAAAUCAGAGGGCUCUUCCCCUAGCCCUGGGUCCUUGUCUUCUCCAACCUGUGGGCUUGGCUGCUACUACUAAGUGCUCACAGAGGGCACAAGCUCUCCAGUGCUGCUGUUCACUACUGAAAACAGUAAUGUGUAUAACCUAUUCCUGCAUGGAGCCAAGCUCAAUUCCUUUUGAUGUCAAACCAUGACUAUGUGCACACUAGGACUGCUCAGCUUGCCAGCUAAGUCGCUUGAGGGAUAGCUCUCUGGUCCUGCCUGUUGAAGCUGUGGUGGCAGCUAUUUAUUUUGGUGUGAGAUUUUCUUGUUCUUUUAUAUAUUUCCUUUAAUCAACUGAACCUGGGAUAUUUCUUGGUCAGGCUGGACCUGAAGAAACGCAAUAUACAAUUAUAGGGCCAGUCCUGUGAGAUGCUAAACUGCUGCAGUCCUCACCAGCGCCACUGGGAAUAGUAGGGUUCAGUCUUGUGGAACCGGACCUUUCCUCAGCAGGGCUGGUUUCCCUCAAACCCUGGCCACUGUCCAUUCCAUGAGUUAUUUCAAAGGGACACUACUAUGGCUCUAAAGGUAGGCUUUGGUUUUUUGUUAUUACUAUUGCUUUUAAACACAGAUAUUUACCAAACCUGCCAGAAACAGCAAAAUAUGAGUGGUCUUUUUGCUUUCUAAAGCUGAUUGGGAUUCAGGCUUUUUCUUUGUCACUAAAACACUUCCAUCAUUAUACCAGUGCUGGAGGUUUCAAAUGAAGCUUGCGCAAUAAGCAAAAUGGACGAAGGAGUUCUCAUGUCCUUACAUGAACAUCAGAACUUCCUUUUUAACAAAGUAGACCUUAAACUUCCCAUAGUGAGCACAGAGGGUCCUGUUCUCAUAGAGGUUUAUGUAGAUGACAUCACUUUAGGUCGCUUGUUUGUGCUGGCCUGGAUUGAGACUCUAAAACUGCUCAAUAAAAUGGCUCUGCAUGUCAUUUCCACCCAUUCUUGAGCAGAAUACACACUGACAAGUGAUGGAUCCUAAAGUGAUGCAGCUACUUUUGAGGCUAGCUGAUCAGGAUUGCUGUUUCCUGGGAAUUUAGGAGCAUUCUUACUAGGGGUUUCAGGAAGUCAGGUGCCUCCUUAAACCCAAACAGGCUCAGCUCCUAGUGGAACAACAAAACCCUACCUUUUCAUCACUGAAUCCAGAAGGAACUAAGGAUCUGCAGCUGGCCCUUUCCCACUAGCCUGCUGCCUUGACAUUGACCUUCUCAUGGACAGGAUGGUCCCCUUUCCUGUCCUCUGAUACUAAUGGGAGCCACUUGAAACUGCCUGGAAAAGAGGAUUAUUUACUCCUACCUGGAAAAAGCUCUGAAUACCUUGUGCCUGCCCAUUUUGUCCCUUAAAUCUCUCAGAGGAUGUCUGUGUUGGGAACGCUGGUCUCCUGCCUCUUCCGUAUUUUGUGGAUCAGCCUUACUCUAGUUUGUGGCAGACAGGUACAACUUGAGCUCCUCUGCUGUUUUGGUCUGGCCCUGCAUUCUUCAGGUUUACUGAUGUGCUUUUUUGGGAAAUUACUGUCUUCCUCAUCCCCCAAAUGGUAUUUUCCAUAAGUACCUUCCCUGCCAAUUCCUAAAUGUAAUCUUCAUGUUCUGCAUGGAAUGGGGAUGCGGGAGCUGUUAUAACUAGUGUCUGACCAAGAGUUGUUUGAGUCAAUGGAAAAGGCCCAGGGAAUUCCAGCUGGUAUUGGGUCAAUCCCUUAGUGACUGGCCCAACAAAGCCUUUAGCAACAUCUUAAAUUAACCAAUGCCAAACUGGGAGGAGCAGUAGCAGCUGCUCUGAAGGAAACAUUCAGCUUCCAGGUGAUGUUUGCCAUUCCAGUUUUACCCUAGUUCCUCCUUCCCCCUUCCUAGUUGUGGCAUUGCCUUCAUCCAUUCCUUUCUCGUAGGCGUGGAGACGGGGUGAGUCUCAAACUGCUUGUGGUGUGAUGGGAUUUGGGACCAACAUGCUGGGGACAGUAGCUCUCUGUUGUGUUUUUAUAAUUAUUAUUUAAAUGAUCUAUUUAGUUCAUCUGAACCUUUAAUUUUGCUGCUUACUGUAUGUAGGAUCCUCCUGGCCUUCAUCCUAAAUGAAAAGGAAAACAAAAUGAAAGCAAACCUAAGACACCCCCUCCCUCCUCCCUGGUAUCUUAUUUAUUGGCAGGCAACCGUCUUGUGCCUGCUCCAGCAGAUCUGCCCACCAUUAAUUUAACAUCCUCCCAACUCACAUUCCUGCUGUUUGGUUGUUGCCUUCUUUUUUUGCCUUUUAUUGUUGGGGUUGGUUGUUGUCUCAUUUCUUCAUUCUAAAACAGACUUCUGAAAUAUAAGAGAUCUUAUUAUCAUGACAUUUACAGGUUCAUUUUCAUUAGGAAGGCCAAGUCAAACAUUUUAAGAGGUGGGGGGAACAAUCUGCAUUUUAUUUCUUAUUUAUUUAUCAUGUUUACAUCUUUUUUUUUCUGUUCAAGACUUGGAUAUAAUAAAGAAAGCAUUAAAAAUAUUCCAAUCUUCUUCUUUUUUUAGGUUAAUAAUUUUUUUCUUUUGAUUCUUUAAAUGAAAGAUUCUGGGUUUUGUUGUCGUCUGUAUAAAAUGUACAAAGAGAUGUGUUUCUAAAGAUGCAUUAUCAUUCCUCUGUGAACAGUAGGUUGAGUUCAGGAUGAAUCUCAGAAUACAAGAUAAUAAUAAAAUCCCAUCCUGUUUUACUUAAUUGUUCCCCUCCUAUCCUGUAUGAUUAAAGGGUUAUUCCACUUUCUUGUUUGUGGUUACUUGAUAUUAAAACCAUAUUAAAAUGUGUAGAAAAUAGGUAUCCAAUUGUUUUUGCUCAGUGAGAGAAUAAACUGUUGUAUAUAUCUUGAUAUACUGUGUAGUUCAAAGUAAGAUCAAUAAGGGAUAGUGCAUCUUUAUUAGGGCGAUAUGUUACUAGUGUCACUAAAGUCUACUUUAAGAUCCUCACAUACAGAAAGGGCCUGAUUCUGAUUCCACUCUCCUGGGGGCACGUUGAGAGCAUCAGUAGCAUUUUGCUGCUGCAAAGCAGGUGUCAGAGGUGGAAUCAAGCCUCAGUAAUGAAUAGGUGACCAUGAGGAUUACUGAAGGUUUGGGGGCACCAUUAUCUUUCUUUUUUUGUUGGGUUUUCUCUUUUCCCUCUCAAGUUUUAGCUCAUGGAGGUUUUGUUUGUUUGGGUUUCCUUGUUUGUCUGCAGUGAAACAGUUUCUGCCACAAGCUGGUUCUUAGAGGUGACUGCUGAAUUGGGACCCUUUGCUUGUGAUCUUAAUAUCGUUCUUGCAGUCCUGGAGAAUCAGCUCUCAGGCAUUCUCUCUGGCAUUGUCUCUUUUCUGUUCUUGUUAUUUUACUGAAUUACAGGCCUACAGUAUUUGCACUAAAAAAGCUUGUUAGAGAAAGCUUGCUGCUAUGAAAGAAAACACAUUAAAAUUGUUUUGCUUUUCCAAUUUUAACUGAGUAGCAUUUUGUAGAAUAAAAUCAAUUUAGACUGAAAAUUAAGAAAGACUUUUCUUUUUUUCCUCUGCACUUUCUUGGCCCCACACUCCUCUCUUUUCCUCCCAUUCCUCGGUGGUGUGAUGUUCCCCCCUUCUCCUUUGGUGCUCAGUUGUAAUGAUUGGCUGUAUUGUUGACUAUGCUGCUGAGAAUUAUGACACUUGUAAAUCUUGUUUUAAUGACAUUGUGGACACUUUUUGUAUAGCAAGAGCUAACUGGAGUUCUUCUCUCUCUGUUAAUUGAAGUUAUUAAAAAGCUCCCUUUGCCAUGAACAAUUAAAA